AUGGGGUUUCAAAUAUUUGUUAGAGGCCUCAAAGGAGAGACAACUACAUAUAAUGAUAUUACUCCACAGACUAGGAUUAAGAAAAUAAAGAAAAUGGUGGAAGAGAAGAUAGGUAUAAAAGCUAGUGAACAACGUCUUAUUUUUGCCGGGAAACAACUCGAAGAUCAAAAUACAGUGGGGCACUACAAUAUAACAGGAAUGUCUACACUUCAUUUAGUCAUUAGACUCCCGGGUGGCGAGAAACGUUAUGGUCCCAAUGAUGAUGUUGAGUUGACUAACGAGCCGGACAUGAUCACUUUUGAGGACGACUUAGAUGACUUACGUGCAAAGAUGCCAUGUGGCCACGCUAUUGGUCCCAAAUCGCUGACCGAUUAUUGCAGAUCACUCGUUAGCGAAGGAAAAUUUCAAUUUUUUUGUCCAUAUAUUUACCCGACAAAUAAUGUUCGUUGUAAUGUGGAAUGGAAAUAUGAUGAUAUUCGUAGGUUAGGUCUGCUUACAGACGACGAGCGUAAAUAUUUUGAGUUCAAAAUUAGUGAAAGUUAUUCUUUUCGCGUUCUCGGAGUUCGUGAAUGUCCUCAGAUAUGCUCAAAGAUGCGGGGAGCCAAAGAAUUCGCAUUCUGUUGGUACUGCUUGCAUGAAGUGAAAGAUUCAAGUUGUAAUAAUAAUUUCUGUGAAGGUGUAUAUUCACGUCUAUCCAUUCUCAAAAAUGCAGUAACAAAGGAGAUGUAUCUGGAGUACCGUCGUUUCGCGCAUGUCCUGAAUGUGGUACAAUUAUCGAACAUGACCGGAACUGCAAACAUAUGCCAUGUCCUUGCGGUCAACAAUUCUG